AUCCCAAGGUUUACUUAAGAGUUCAACUGAACUGAAAAUUUAGCAAAAGCCAAGCUGGACAGCUCAGUAAUAGGCGCUAGAGGGCGAUAUAAACCUCAACUAAGAGCUAACGCUUUAAUGACGAGGAGGAGGAAAGAGGCAGGCCGAAUCAGGAGAUGCUUUUGUGUCUCUACAACGUUGACACGCUUCAGAAACCACGUUUCUGUGAGUCAGAGCGGACCCCGCGGUACCGCCGUGCAUCAGCCGAGCCCAGUCCGACGGAGCCGAACGGGUGGUUUCUACACUCCACGGAGCAAAACAAAGCGUCUAGCUUUGUUUGACAAGACCGAGCGAUGUCUGGGUUGAAGAAACGGAGUUCAAAUACGUCCGCGGACCGGGAUGAAGACGACAAGCAAGUGACAGAGAAGAUGCUCUCCGGCAGAGGUGGGAACGGCAACGUGAGCCGGCCAGGAGACGGCACGCCUGAAAGCCCCACCGCAGAAAUUACCUCAGCGGACGGGGAAGAGACGGUCGUGCUGAAAAGAACUAUUACUCUCGUGAACGGCGUGGCCAUUAUUGUAGGCACCAUUAUUGGCUCCGGCAUCUUCGUUACGCCGACCGGGGUGGUGAAAGAAGCCGGUUCGGUCGGGUUGUCUCUGGUCGUGUGGGCUGUGUGCGGCGUCUUCUCCACUAUAGGCGCCCUCUGCUACGCCGAACUGGGGACCACCAUCACCAAAUCCGGGGGUGACUACGCUUACAUCCUUGAAGUUUACGGCUCCCUACCUGCGUUUCUCAAACUCUGGAUCGAGCUUCUCAUCAUCAGGCCGUCCUCGCAGUAUAUCGUCGCCUACGUUUUCGCCACAUACCUCCUGAAGCCCAUCUUCCCCAUCUGUCCCGUUCCUGAGACGGGAGCUAAGCUGGUCGCCUGCUUGUGUAUCCUGUUGUUGACCGCUGUCAACUGCUACAGCGUGAAGGCCGCCACAAGGGUUCAAGAUGCCUUCGCUGCUGCUAAGCUACUUGCCCUGGGUCUCAUCAUCAUUAUUGGCUUCGUGGAGAUCGGCAAAGGUGGUACUACUGAUCUUUUGCCUGCAAAUUCAUUCGAAGGAACCAAUACAGAUUUUGGCAACAUCGGAUUGGCUCUUUACAGUGGGCUGUUUGCUUACGGAGGAUGGAAUUAUUUGAAUUUUGUCACAGAGGAGAUGAUUGAGCCAUACAGAAAUCUGCCUCGGGCCAUCAUCAUCUCACUCCCCAUUGUCACCGUUGUCUAUGUGCUGACCAACCUGGCCUACUUUACCACACUCAGUCCGGAGCAAAUGCUCUCAUCUGAGGCUGUUGCUGUGGACUUUGGAAAUUACCACCUAGGACCAAUGGCUUGGAUAAUCCCUGUGUUUGUGGGCCUCUCCUGCUUUGGCUCUGUGAAUGGCUCUCUGUUUACUUCAUCUAGGCUGUUCUUCGUGGGCUCACGAGAAGGUCAUCUUCCCAGUUUGUUGUCGAUGAUCCACCCUGACCUCUUGACCCCCCUGCCUUCACUUUUAUUUACGUGUGUCAUGACUCUUCUCUACGCUUUCUCCAAUGACAUUUUCUCCGUCAUCAACUUCUUCAGCUUCUUUAAUUGGCUCUGCAUCGCCAUGGCCAUCGUUGGCAUGAUGUGGUUACGCUACAAGAAACCUGAAUUAGAAAGACCAAUCAAGGUCAAUAUUCUGCUGCCCAUUGUCUUCGUAUUGGCCUGCCUGUUCCUCAUCGUGGUGUCCAUCUGGAAGACCCCUGUGGAGUGCGCUAUAGGAUUUGGAAUCAUCGCCACAGGAGUGCCUGUGUACCUCUUCGGUGUUUGGUGGCAGAACAAGCCAAAAUGGCUCUUGCAGAUCAUCUUCUCUGCCACAGCGACAUGCCAGAAGCUGAUGGAAGUGGUACCUCAGGAGUCCUGAAGACCAAACGGAGCUACAGAUGCCUCUUCCACGCACAAGUCUUUUCGUACCCACCUCAGACCCCCUUUACCGUAUCCCUCGACUGCCUCACCUCCUCCUGCGUGAGCCAGAAACACGUCUUAUCCUGCUGACACGGGCAAAAUCCAUAUGAAUUACCACAUAUGAAACCAGACAACAUCAGGCCACAGGAGCAUUUCAGUUGAGAUGUAGAUUUUGCCGAUCCUUCCUCAAUCAAAUGUAUUAUACUGUAUACGUUUCGGUCUUUACGUUUGACCUGUAAGUUUUCAAUCAGGACUUUCGAUUUAUUUUAUAUAUUAUAUAUUUUUAAAACUACCGGAGAUAUGUGUCAUAUAACUUGGUCGUCCCUUCACUUAGGGCUUUGUUUGUGAUUUUUUGGCUUCCUGUGUCGCGUUUUUAGCUUUUAUUUCAGAAUGUACGUGAGGAAAAGUGCGUACCGAGCUGCCCUCGUACUUGUGGAGAGGCUCCAUUGUGUUUCACAGCAACCAGAGGCGUGAUUCCCACCCGACCCAAUAAUUCGCAUCUUGUAUUACGCGUUUGUUUGUCUACAGCAGAUAACGACCAGUUUGCUGUGCCUUGUCUGUCGCUGUAGAAUUGUGUUAUUUUUCGAGAUCGACUUGAUAUGACUUUAUACGUCAACAGAUUUAUUUUUGAUAGCUUAAUGCAGGUUUUUUUCAAUUGUUGCUAAGAAUUUCAAGGAACCUCCAUUUCGUUUGGUUACGGUCCUCUAAUUGAAAAUGACAGAAGGCGUAGACGUACAGUAUUCGCAGAUUCAUCAGAAUACCUAUAGCCUGUCUGCUUACCUCAGCAAACAUACAGGACAUUACAUUCAUAGACCUUGCUGUAUAUUUUGAUGCCUAAUUAUGAUUUAAGUGAAGCAGAAAAGAUGAAACGCCGUUUCUGCAUAUGUUAUGCAAAUAUACGUGAAGUACUUAACACUGGACCACCUUUUUUAAUUUUUCGUUUCCCCUUGAAUUUGGCAAUUAUUUAAACAAAGUUGCUCGGUAGUUCCGAACUUUUGAAAGAAAGUUACGUUUUUUUAUUGUACCGUGAAAAAAAAACCUUUACCGAAGAGAUUUUAGUGCCUCAUCAGUUUGCGAACUGAAAACUUCUAAAUGAAUUUGCGUGAAAAUGCGGUAUCGUUAUUGCGUUUUAGAUGGCUGUACGUAGUUUUUUACGUUAUCUUUAUUUUUCGAACGGACGUUUGUUCCUGUACUGGACCAAAAUCAGCUGUAUGUGCGAGCGAAAAAGCACAUUUUCCGUUUAAAAGUGGAGAGAGAAACACAAUUGAUGUUUUGGGUGUUAUUUUUGGACAAAAUGGACAUUGUCCUAUGGUUAUUAUGAUUACAGAAACAUUUCCAAGGCUUCUGGAUGGAAGGACUGUGUAGAUCUGAAAUGCUUUUCUUCAGUGCUGUUGUUUAUUGUGGGUGUUUAGAUAAUGAAGCUUUUUAUUUAGAGAAUUACAGCAGUAUGACUAACACUCCAGCCGACAAGAUAAUUUUUAUCUAAUUUUAAAUAGUUAUGUAGAAAUUUACUUAUAUGUAUUUAUUUAUUAUUUUUAGAGUCAUUCAUUUAGUGCUCUAAUAUUUUUUUUACCGAGCAUUUUUUGAAAAAAAAUGCUGAAAAUAAAUUGUUACUGAUAUUUUUUUUUCUUCUUCAGAAAAUGAUUCUUUUAUAUUUGUGUUUUUAUUAGUUUUUUUUUUUUUUUUGGUAAAUCUGUAAAUGUUUUUGUAACUGUUGUCUUUGGCGUAGUUUUAAUUUGUGCCCAUUAAUAUAAAGAUAACUGCAGAUGAUGCUGAGUCUGCCUGCACUGACACCUGCCCGUGAAAUCAGACCGCACCACAGUUACGCUACGUUUCGCUAAUUUUAAUUUUUUUACGUAUGAUGAAAUUUGCUCAUCACAGACCUUUUGGUAUCUUUGUUGUCUUUACUAAAUACUUACGAAAAAAAGAGAUAUAUCUGACUCCUAUGUGUAUGCGCUUAUGUUCUUUUGUCCACUUAACUGUUUCUUCAAACGUUUGUUUCUAUAAACACCAUGUUUUGCAUUUAUAAACUAGCAUGUAUAUUUCACUUUAGACCUAUCUCUACAGGCAUGCAAAACCCUUUUACCUGAGGGCAGACUCAGUCUUUCAUCAGCUCGUUUGAGAGAGGACUGUUUUCUUGUGACAUCUUUAGAUGAUCUGUAAUCGGCACUACUCUGCUUAUAGUACUCUGAACAGUUUGAAGUAUUGUGUUGCCAACCAUCUGUCCUGUCUUUCUCGGUGAUGUCCAGUAAAACACAACUACGAACAGAUUCUGUGGAGCAGUUUGUUGUGAUGGUUCAACGUCUACAAAAACGUUUUUUUAGAAAUUAAACAAUUCAUGCUGUGUGAUUUUUACUUUGUUGCAGGACAUUGUUGAGUAUUCAGAAAUAAAACAUGCAUUCAAAGCA